AUGGAUGUCCACCCUUUCGCCCUGUUCUCCUUCUCCUCCGCCGCUGGCGUCCUUUCGCACGUCUUCUUUCAUUAUUUCGAGCCCGAAUCCGUCUCCCAGUUUCUCGUCUUCCCAAUCUCUGCCGGUGUAAUAGAGCGAUAUGUCUUCUCGCUUGGGGCCGCGCAAAUUCUGUUGUCUGGCCUGGCCUGGUCGUCGUCACUAGCCAUCUCGGUGCUCUUCUACCGCGUCAUCUCGCCAUUCCAUCCGCUGCAUCACGUUCCCGGGCCCCCGCUCGCUAAAUGCACUCAGAUAGCGCAGUUUUGGAGCCUCUACAAGGGCCGACCUCGCGUGGACCAGUGGAAGCUGCACCAGCGAUACGGCCCCGUCGUCCGCAUCGGCCCGAACGAGGUCUCGAUUGCGGACACGGCAGCGCUGUCUCCAAUUUUCGGGGCCAAGUCGUGGGCAAAAGGCAAGGCGUACUCGUUCACGGCAAGCGGAGGCGCCGCCACGUCCGAGACGGCUCUGUCCUCCAUCCGGGAUCACAGGGAGCACGCUGCUCGCCGAAAGAUCUGGGACCACGCAUUUUCGAUCGCGGCGCUGAAGGGAUACCAACCCUCCAUCGAGCUGAGGGUUCAGCAGCUGUGCGAUCAGCUUGACAGGCUGACCGGAAAGGGGCCGAUCGACUUGCAAGAAUGGAUCGGUUAUCUUGUCUUCGACGUGAUGACGGAUCUGGCGUGGGGAGGAGGAGGCGACGCGGUGAUCCAAGGCCGUGAUCCGAGCGGAGCCAUCGCCUCGCUCCGUUACUCGCUGCAUCUUGCCGGCAUGACGAAGGCCCUGCCGUGGUUCGCAAACGUCGUGACUUCGCUUCCCUGGGUCGAGAGGAAGACGAGGAUGUUCAGGACCUUUGCGCGAGACAUGUUUCUGAAGAGGAAAGAGAACGGCGAGGCUAAGGCUGGGCAAACGGGACGCGACGUCUUCUACCACCUUCUUGGAGAGGGGACUUCAGAAGGGCGAAAGCUCAGCAUAGGCGCUCUGCAAGCCGACUCGAGACAAGUUGUGACAGGUGGGGCCGACACGACGGUGUCAGCGAUCACAUAUUUGUUCUAUCACUUGCUGCGGCAACCGCCUUACUACAAGCAACUUCAGUCCGAGCUUGACAGAUUGGCUGCAUCGUCGCCGGACAACGAGUUGCAGUACGAUACCGUCCAGAGAUUUGCGGUUCUUGACGCCUACAUCAACGAGGCAAUGCGCCUGGAGCCUCCGAUACCCUACCAGAACCAGAGGAUCGUUCCGCAGGAUGGGGUCACGUUCUCUGACGUCUUCAUACCCGGAGGCACUCACGUACGCACCGCUCUGUACACCAUCGCACGAUCGCCGGCAAACUUCAGCAACCCGGAGCAGUUCUGUCCAGAGCGUUGGAUCUCCGCCCGACGGGGCUCACACGAGGCUUUUAAUCCCAAGGCGAACAUCCCAUUCAUACAAGGGCCCUACCAUUGUGUUGGGCGCAACUUCGCGAUGGCGGAGAUGCGGUGGACGGUCGCGAGGCUGGUGGAACGCUAUGAUAUGGAGCUUGUGCCAGGAUUCGACCAGCUUGGCUUUGAGAGCUGCAUUGAGGACCGCAGCGUGCUCGAAAUCGAGAGCAGCUUGGAUGUUAGGGUGAGAGUCAGGAAGCACGACCAAUCUUAA